AUGAAGAUAUCCAGAUGUUGUAUUAAAUACCCCCUACAGCAGAAAGUUUUCAUCCUGUUCUUAGCCCUGUGGCUGUUCUCCUUGUUGAAGCUUCUGAAUGUGGGAAGACUCCUCUUCCCCCAGAGAGGUAUUUACUUGGUAGAGCACUUCCUCAGUACCUCCCCUUUUGUAAGGAACAGAUACACCCAUGUUAGCAACGAAAUCCGGUAUAAAGUUAACUGCUCAGGUGUCUAUGAACAGGAGCCUUUGGAAAUUGGCAAGACUCUGGAGAUUAGAAGAAGAGACAUCAUCGACUUGGAUGAUGAUGACGUUGUGGCAAUGACCAGCAAUUGUGAUGUUUAUCAGCUCCUAAGAAGGUACCAUCAAAAGCUCAUUUCAAGGGAAGAGAAGAGGUUCCCAAUAGCCUAUUCUUUGGUGGUUCACAAAGAUGCAAUCAUGGUUGAAAGGCUAAUCCACGCUAUCUACAACCAGCACAAUAUUUACUGCAUCCAUUAUGACCGUAAGUCACCCGACACCUUCAAAGUCGCCAUGAACAAUUUAGCUAAGUGCUUCUCCAAUAUUUUCAUUGCUUCCAAAUUAGAGACUGUGCAUUAUGCCCACAUCUCCAGACUCCAAGCUGAUUUAAAUUGCUUGUCAGAUCUUCUCAAGUCUUCGGUUCAAUGGAAAUAUGUUAUCAACCUGUGUGGGCAAGACUUUCCUUUGAAGUCCAACUUUGAACUAGUGUCUGAGUUGAAGAAACUCAAUGGAGCAAAUAUGUUAGAGACAGUGAAACCGCCUAAAAGUAAAACGGAAAGAUUCACUUAUCACCAUGAACUCAGACAAGUGCCUUAUGAAUAUGUGAAGCUACCAGUAAGGACAAACAUCUCCAAAGAAGCACCCCCUCAUAACAUUGAGGUAUUUGUUGGCAGUGCUUACUUUGUGUUAAGUCGAGCAUUUGUUAGAUAUGUCUUCAACAGCUCCCUCGUUAAAGACUUUUUUGCCUGGUGUGAAGACACCUACUCGCCUGAUGAGCAUUUCUGGGCUACCUUAAUUCGGGUACCAGGAAUCCCUGGGGAGAUUUCUCGUUCAGCCCAGGAUGUGUCUGAUCUACAGAGUAAGACCCGCCUUGUCAAAUGGAAUUAUCACGAAGGCCUUUUCUAUCCCAGUUGUACUGGGUCUCACCGCCGAAGUGUGUGUAUCUAUGGAGCAGCAGAAUUGAGGUGGCUUAUCAAAGAUGGACAUUGGUUUGCUAAUAAAUUUGAUUCUAAGGUGGACCCUGUCUUGAUUAAAUGCUUGGCAGAAAAACUUGAAGAACAACAGAGAGAGUGGAUCAAUUUGUCUUCAGAAAAGUUAUUUAUGGAUAAAAAUCCCACCAUCUCGUCAUGA